AUGUUCUCGGCAAUUGGAGUCAACGUCUCAGACAUACUAAAAGAUCGGCCCAUGGACGCAUUUAUCGUCCCCGAACUCGACAACCUCAUAGAUUUAGAAGACAAGGUUCCUCAUUAUCCGUAUACCAAAACCUUCGAGGAGGCAGCCCACGAUCCUUACAUGAUUCUUCAUACCAGUGGCUCAACAGGAGACCCCAAGCCUAUCGUGUACACCCAUGCUAUGAUUUCGACCCAAGAUGCUCAAGAGCUGCUCCCGGAUGUCUGCGGCAGGAAACGCUUCGCACACCGUGCUGUCCGCCCCGAGGAGAUAUGCGAUAUUCUUGACUACGCGAAUGUGACACGGGCUCUUUUCACGCCAUGGAUGAUGGAUCAAAUCGCCAGGCAGCCCAACGCUCAGUCGUAUAUCGAGCCCUUCGACUCAGCUAUGUAUUGUGGAGCCAACAUCUCGGACACUACCGCGCGUAUCUGGGCCCAGUGGACUACCUUCCAAUCAGCCUGGGGCGCAACGGAAACGCUUGCACCGCCUCAACUUGUCGGUGACAAUGAAGACCAUGAAUACGUCUUUUUCGACCCGAUCUAUUCAGGCAUCCAUUUUCGUGACGUUGAGACUACGUACACGGUAGAUGAUGGUACCGAAAUCCCACUGUACGAAAUGGUUUUUACAGUCUACCCUAAGAUGGCCCACGUGGCGAGCUGGCACGCAAACUCUGGAGUAGACAUCGAGGCGAUUGCAUCGAGCGAGGGGAUCGCAUCGGAGGUGGCGAAUAGGACGUAUCCUGAGCUGAGGAUAGGUGACAUCUGGACUCCGCAUCCAGACCCAGCCAAGUCCCAGUAUGCCUGGAGAUUCGUUGGAAGAGCAGACGAUAUCAUCACAUUCACCUCUGGUGUAAACUACCACCCCGGACCGAUGGAGAAAUCGAUCAAGAGCGAGGAUGCUGUUACGGAGGUCCUGAUUCUGGGGAGGGGUCACCGCCAACCGGUACUCUUGGUCGAGCUUCAUGCGAAGGAGGGCGAAUUCGAUGCCGAGGAGGAGAAACGCAAGCUUUGGGCGACCCGCAUUGAAGGCGCAAACUCUUCUGUUCCGGUCCACGGGAGGGUCGCAUACUCGCACAUUCUGGUGCUGCCGGCUGGCAGCCUCAUCCGCACAUUGAAGGGAAAUGUCAUGCGGAGACAGACAGAGAGCAAGUUUUCCGACCUCAUCGACGAGGUGUACGAGAAGUCUGGGGAUGAGUGGCAGGAUAAUCGAGAGCGGUACGCCUCGAUCUCCAAGAGUGUAAGUCUUGAGGUCUCGGUCGAGGAGCAAGGCUCAGCCAGCUGA